GGUCUUCUCUCGUGGAAUGUGAAUGAAUGUCUAGUCGAUUUAGAGAAAGAAUUAGCUAUGGUGACUGAACAGGCCCUAGAAGGAGAGGAAGCAAGAUAUGGUGAACGUCUAAUACAGUUCGCGUCAGAAAACCUAGUAACAGAAAUCUUGAUCCAUCCGGUAGUAAGCACACUAGCGCAAUGCAUGCGCAAUCUUCUUAGUAGUUUUACCAAACAUCGUCAUAUCAUCCAUGCUGGGUACACCUUCGCCGCCAAUGGGUCCUGGGCCUUACAGGACGGCACGUUUUCGUACACGGAUUUCGCCGAAGCGUUCCAGGAACUGGAGGUGCAACGUGUGAUCCGAGCUUACGAAAACGGAAUUACGAUCGAUCUGCACUGCUCGCCCGAAGGGGAUUGGACCAAAUUGCCAAAGGAACAGUUCACCAAGGCGUGCAAGGUUAGGUUAAACCCGUCUGAUGUGCUAACAUCAGGUUCUCCGGCCAUUAACAACUUUAUCAACUAUAUCUCUCCGUUUUUGAUACCCACGUCGCUUGAAAGUCUUCUCGAAAGUUCAGACGUCGUCGGUAACAUCAGGUUUUCCAGACCAACGCUCUAUGUAUUCCCAGGAGGCCAAGGUGAUGCAGCGCUAUUUGGGAUUAACGGAUUUAACAUGCUCCUGGAUGGCGGUUAUGGCAGAAAGGCGUGCUUUUGGGACUUCGUCCGUCACUUAGAUAGAUUAGAUGCUGUGCUUAUGACAAGACUGAAUAAUAGUAACGUAGGAGGAAUUAGCUCUGUAUUGAGGAGGAAGAAACAGGACGCCCUUUACCCGCAAAUUGGACAUUUCUUUUGUAACUUGCAGGAAAGAAAAGCACUCUUGAGCCCGGAUGGCGACAAAGACCGAGAUCCCCUACUGAUAAAUCUGUUGGAUGAAGGCCAAGAAAUUGUAUCGAACCUCCGUCACUUACAUUUAACGCCUCAGGUCUGUUAUAGAGACUCCGAGCCCAUUAAUUUAUACCAUAAGGUAGGCCAUGGAACCCUUGACAUGUACAUCCUCAGUCCGGCAAAGGACUCAAAGGAAGUACGGGAGUUCCUCCAUAAGUGGAACCAGAGUGACGUUAGACUAUUCGCCAACGCAAAAUCUAGUCGUGAGUUUAGUUUUCCCCUACAGAACCUAGUUUCUAUAGCUGCCUUGCUAGUCUGGCAACCUGCCGAUCCCGAAGAUACUAUCACAAGGAUCUUGUUCCCUGGAAGCUGUCCUCAAACCAAGAUAUUCGAGGGCUUGGAUAGACUGAAGAGUUUGGAGUUUGUCAAGUCUGCCGUUUGCAGUGAGAAAUCUCUGUCCGGCACAACUACCAAAAAGGCUGCACUUAUCGAAAGGAUCGCCACCAAAGAUAAAGAUAAGAUUAUUGCUGAUAAGAAAGAGAAUAAAAUGAUUGAAAACAAUAUUACCGAAGUCAACAUAGAGGUUAAAGAGAAAACUGUCAAGAAAUCCGACUCCACUGAAAGCGACAAAAGUAUAAAACAGAAGAAGAUCGACGAUCACAAGAUAGAAAAUGGUGACAAGGCGAAGCCGAAACCGAGACCCAUGAAGCCUAGAAGUGACUCUCAGCAACGAAGAAAGCCUAUCGAUAAAAAGGCAUCUCCCAAAAAGAUUCCCACCGAAAACGGAGAUGUAAAGAGACCUAUUAAACCAUCACCCAUUGGAACACCCGCGAAAAGCGCUAAAGACGCAAGUAACAGGCGAGUGAUAGAAAGCAAAGUAAAACAACCUCCUGCUGCUCCUACUAAACCUUCCGCUGAACCAAAACCAAAAGUCGAACGAAAACCAAUUUCUAGACGACCCAAAGCCCCGAAAGCUCCUAUCAGCCCUGUUAAGAAACUGGUAAAUGGAGUACAGAAACCUGAUAGCAUUUCCAGAAAAGGGAGGUUGGACAAGGAAGGCACCACAGAUUCUAGUACAGUCAGUACUCCUUCCGUAGAUCAGGAAAGCGUACUUAAGAAGGACAUAUCAAAACUUACGCCAGAAGAACUCCAACAACUCAAAGCACAGGAACUGGCAGAUUUAAAGGAAGAGCAGGAGGCUGUAAAGGAAAUCGAAGCUGUUUUCAGGAAGGGAGAAGGGAUAAAAGACACUGCUGAUGACGAAAACUUACGAAAAGUAAAAGACGUUUCCAUCGACGAAGAGAAACUUGAAGAGAAAGAAGAGUACUUAAUCAUUGAAAAAGAGGUGAUCCAACAAGAUUCUAUGGAAGACAAAGAACCUAAAGAAGAUGAAACCCAGAAACUGGCAAGAGACAGCGAGGAGUCCGAAAAACGAAGAAAACCCAGUGUGGAAGAGCAACGGGUUGAUAUAGAAAGCCAGAUAAACGGCAUCGUAAAUGAAGCUGAAGACAUCGUUAAAAGCAAGGAUGAACAUGUAGAGGGAAGCAAAGUAACCAGCCCGGAAGACAAAGGUGAUUCUGGUGAUAAGAAGUUGACUGAUGAAGUAAAAGAUGUGGUUGAGUCACAUCCUGAUGAAAAGGUAUCUGUUAACAUCAAGUCUGGAGAUACCACAACAGCACCUACCCUUCCUGAAGAUGAAAAAGUUCCUCUCGACGAGAUUAAAGAAGACAGCGGUCACGUAAUUGAAGAGAAACAUGUGAAAGAAGACACCAAAGAGAAGGAUGUACCUAUGAUCCCACCUCCACCUAAGCCUGUUGAAACUGUUGGAAAAAUACCGAGCGUGAUAGGUAUUAAGCUUGAUAAGCAUUCCCAUAUCCGAGAUAUUGUGAAAACUCCCGAUGAAGUAGCUGACUUGCCAGUACACGAAGAAGCGGAUAUUGAAUAUACCCAAGACGCCAAAGCAGAAACAGAAAAGAGCAAUGAAAUCGUUGAAGAUAAAAAAUCGGAGGAAAAAGCCAAGAGUAAGGAAGAGACAAAGACGGUGGAGUCUGAGAAGGAUAGUGAUGAACUUGCUCAGGAGAAGUCAAAAGAAGUCGUACCAAAGAUGGAAGAGGAAUUGAAACAUUUGACUGAUACUGUGAUUAAAACUGAACUGAAAACAGACACGCUUGAAGACAAGGCUGGUGAAGAUAAAAAGGUAGAGGAUCAUAUUCCAAAGAAAGAUGAAUUUGACAAGAAAAUAGAGAUGGAAACCAAAUCCGAUAUUGUUGAGAAACAGGAAGAGGAAGAGCGGGAGUUUAACAAGGAAUCUACCAAAGAAAAAUCUCCUGAUAAGCAUGAUGUUGUUAAAGAUGCGAAAAAAGAACCUCAAAAAGAAGAUGAAGAAAAUGGAGGAAAAGCGCCAGACGAUCUCAAAGCCGAACCAAUACAGAAAGAUGUUGCUGAAGAAGAUAAGCAAGAAGUUACAACUGGCACACAGCUACAUGAAAGCAAAACAGAAAAGCCUGAAAGUCAUCUUGAAAAACACUUGAAAGAUGAAUCUGAAAAAUUAGAGACCAAACAGAUGCAUGAAACUGUGAUAAUCGAAGCGCAUGUGAGUAAAACAGAUAAAUUUGAUGAAGAAAAGCAUACCCGUGAUGUCAUAAAGGAACUGAAACAUGAAGCAGAAGCUGAACUAGGAGACAGUGAUAACAAAGAUGCUAAAGAAUAUGUCGAAAAGGACAAACCAAUCAAGGAUAAAACUGAACCGUGUGGAACAUCUACGAAAGAACAAGCUACUACACAUGCCAAGGACAAGAUGCAUGAACCGACCAAACAUAAGGAAGAAAUGCUCGAAAGUAAAAUUGAGUUGGAGUUGAAAGAAAGCAAAGAAACAACAAAGGACAUCGAAGAUGAAGUUAAAACAGACAAAAAGGAUUAUGUAGAAAAAACAUCUACCGAAAAAGGUCACGCAGAUGAUGUAUCAACAAAACCUGAUGAGAAGGAUAAAGAUAAAGUAGAACAUGACAUCGAAGAUGUCAAACAAGAAAAAAUCAAAGAUGAUUGGAAACUUGAUGAAACAAAAACCACAGUUGAUAAUCGAGAUCGUAAGAGUCCAGAACAAGAAAAAGAUGGGAGUAAGACACCGCAGGAAGUCAAGGACCAUAAAAUAGAUGCAGGGCCAAUGAAAGAGUUGGAAAGGGAUGACGAAGAGCACACCAAAGAAAAAACUGACGACGAGAAAACGGAGAAAGUACACGAUACGAAAUCAGAUCAAAAAUUACAUGAAGAAACCACAAAGGACGUAAUCAAAGAGGAUGAAAAGAAAGAUGAGGAAGCUGAGAAAAAACUUGAACCGCAAAAAGAGAGAGAUACCAAGCAUGAACCAGACGACUAUUCAUUGGAAAAAUCAGGGCACAUGCAUACAGAGCUGGAAAAAGCAAUUGUUGUAGAAGCUAAGAAAGAAGACAGAAAGUCCAUUGACGAAGGAAUACAGAAUCACGUUGAGGCCUUGAAGGAUUCGCAUUUCGAAGGUACAAAAUCUGGCAGUCAGGAAGAUAUCACGUCCGAAAAACUGGAAAAACACGAUAAAGAGCCUCUAGGUGAAGAAAAACAAGAUGAAAUUGAUACAACAAAACAAGAACACAAAAAGUCAAUCAGCGAAAUAGAGAAAAUUGAACUAGGGAGGAAGUCUCCAAUGGACCUAGGACGAAAAUCUCCGAAAGAGCGUGAAGAAGACGUUAUCAAAAUCGUUGCUAGCGUUGCUGAAGUACUGAAGUCAGAUGCACCACUUGAAGAAUUUGAAGGGAAACUACCAAUCGAUACCUUUGCAUCAUUCACCUCUGAGUUGCGUGAGACGCACAUCACAACCUUAGACUCACCCUCAGCUACUAACGGAGUGAAAUCGGACAUAACUUCUACAUUCAUUAAAGAAGAGAAGAAUCACGAAAUCGAACCUACUGACAGGAGGAGCAGUUUGCUCAAAGAAUCCCAAGACCUGAUGAUGGCUACAUCAAAGAUGAUAUCUGACAUCAAAACGGCCAAAACCGAUGAGAAAGAAAACGAAGAAGAAGUAGGUACAGUUCAUAGGAUGCUGGUUACGGCAUCCAGUGAAGAUGGUGGAGAGGAAAUUGAAAUAUGUCCACCAGGGUCCAUUACGUUCUCAAGAAGCUCUGAGAGCUCAGGAAGGAGCUCGCCAGAUCAUUCUCAGAAAUUAUCGCAAAAAUCUUCUGUCAUAGACACCGUCUCGGAGUCAUUGACUACUGUUAGAACAAGAGAACAAGAAGAGAAAGAUUCAGGUAUCGACGACGGUAAAUCGGAUGUGGAGCUUCCAGACCAGAAAUCUACCACAGAAAAAGUCAGUGGAAGGGAGUCCCCGCUCAAGAAAGUCGAAGACGCGUCGAUCAAAACCAUUUCAGGCAAAUCGACACCUGAUAAAGAUGCUUCCAUCAAAAGCAUCGCAUCUGGAAAAUCAACCCCGGACAUUUCUGAUUUGGAGCAGUCCAAAGAUACUGACGAGUUCAAAAAGACCGAGGAAGAUAUGAGCAUUGAAGCAGUUGAAAAAAUUGAAGCCGAAACUGUAGCCAAAAAAGAUGAGAGACCUGAGCAAAAACCGGAGGAACUAACAAAACCUGGUGAUAGUCAUACCAAAGAGCAAAAGGAAGAUGUCAAAGAUAAAAAAGAAGACAAAAGAGAGGAAGAAGAAUUGGGGUACAUCAGAGAUACGUCUCCGAAAGACCUUGACUACGAUGCAAAUAAAGUAGAAAACGACAAAACUCCAGAAAAAUCACCUUCUAAAGCUCAUGACCAUUUGAAAAAAGAAUCCGAUAUAGAAGAGGAACAACUGUUCAGAAAACCAUCUCUAAAAGCUGAUGAACUAUUGAAAAAGGAUAUCCAGGAGGUUCAACAGAAUUUCUUUGACUCCGAUGCAAAGGACACUGUGAUAACCGAUGGCAUAGAUAUUGACGAAACAUCUCCUGUACAAAUUUCUCCAUCAGAUGGUAAGCCUCUUCAGGAUGAAAUUCAAGAGUGCGUGGAAAAGGACAUUAAAGCGGAAGAUGCUAAGCAACAUGCUUUCGAAGCGAUCCAAGAAAACUUUGUAGGAGACUUAGAAUCUAAAUCUGUUAAGCAAACAGAUGAUUUUCUAAGGAAAGAAAUCGAAGCAGAACAACACGAUUUCGUGAGCACUGUAUCAAAAGACGAUGGAGCUAAAGACAUAUACAAAAUGACUGUCGAUGAAAAAGCACUAGGCAAAGAUACUAAAGAAGAACAAAUCGAUGGUGAUGAUAAAGUCUCAUAUCAUACGCUACCGAAGGCAGAAUUUCCAGAAAAGGUCGAUCCUACAAAAGCAACUGGUAAAGACGAAUCUUCUCUAGUUAGCGAGCAUUUGCGAGAAGAAAUUAAGGAAGUGCAAGACAGUUUCGUUGACUCCAUAACUAAAGACACUACUGAUGAAGCCAAAACUGUAAUUGAAUCUGCUGAAAGGAUUGAUGAAAAAAUAUCGUCAAAAUCAAUUGGAACAAAGGAUAAUAUGAAAAUAGAACACAAACAUGAAGAUGCUGCUAAAAAAGAUAUGACUGUCGCAGAAAACAUUGAGGAAGGAUAUAAAGAAUCACUUAGAAAAUCUUCAAAAGCCGAAGAGGCGCUCAAAGAGGAAAUCAGAGAACUUCAAGAGUCGCUUAAAAAAUCUUCAAAAACCGAAGAGAUGCUCAGAGAAGAAAUUAGAGAUCUUCAACAUCCAACUGAGUCAAAAACAGAUAAACCAAAGGACGUAGAACAGAUGAAAGAUGACACGAUAGGUAUUAAAGAAGCAGUUGAAGAAAAACCAACCGACAAAGACUUGUUACCUAGGAAACCUUCUUUGAAGGCUGAUAAGUUAUUAAAGGAUGAAAUCCAAGCAGUACAGGAUUCAUUCAUCGCAUCUGAGGCGAAAGAUGACGAAGGUGAAAUAAAAUCAGCAGAUAAAGACUUGCUCCCUAGAAAACCUUCUUUGAAAGCUGAGGAAUUGCUGAAAGAAGAAAUCCAAGAAGUGCAAGAAUCGUUCGUUGAAGCUUUGGCAAAGGAUGCUGAAAUUGAAACAAUAUCUUCGGAGGACUUGCUGGCUAGAAAGCCAUCUUUGAAAUAUGACGAAUUAUUAAAGAAGGAAAUCGCAGGAGUGCAAGAAACAUUCGUUGAAGCUGACGCAAAAGAUGCUGAAGCAGAAGUAAAAUCAACAGACAAAGACGUGUUGCCUAGAAAACCUUCGUUGAAAGCUGGGGAGUUACUGAAGGAAAAAAUCCAAAAAUCGUCGGACGAAGAGUUAUUACCUAGAAAGUCAAAAGGUGAAGAAUUAUUAAAGAAGGAAAUCGAAGAAAUGCAGGAAUCAGUCGUUGAAGCUGCGACAAAGGAUGUUGAAGCUGAAACUAAAUCAACAGACAAGGACUUGUUGUCCAGAAAACCUUCUUUGAAAGCUGAGGAGUUGCUGAAGGAAGAAACUCAAAAAGUCCAGCAAUCGUUCGUUGAAGCUGUAGCGAAAGAUGCUGAAGCUGUAGCGAAAGAUGCUGAAGCUGAAACAAAAUCGACGGACAACGACUUGUUACCUAGGAAGUCAUCUUUGAAAGCCGAGGAAUUGUUAAAGAAGGAAAUCGAUGAAGUGCAAGAGCCACGCGUUAAAUCUGUUGUAAAAGAUGCCGAAGCUGAAAUAACAUCAAGUGAAGAAGAUGAGAUGCUUAGGAAACCCUCCUUGAAGGGCGAAGAGUUAUUGAAGAAGCAAAUUGAAGAAGUACAAGAAUCAUUUGUUGAAGCUGUGUCGAAAGAUGCUGAAGCUGAAGACUUGUUGCCGCGAAAACCCUCUCUAAAGGAUGAUGAGUUAGUAAAGAAGGAAAUUCAGGUGGUUCAAGGACCAUUCAUUGAAGCUGUAGCGAAAGACGUUGAAGCUGAAACAAAAUCCACGGAAGAAGACUUGUCUAGAAAAUCCUCUCUGAAACCUGAUGAGUUAGUGAAGAAGGAAAUCCAAGGAGUUCAAGAAUCAUUCGUUGAAGCUGUGGCAAAAGACUCUGAAGCUGAAACAAAAUCUAUGGAAAAAGACUUGUCUCCAAGAAAACCCUCUCUAAAUGCUGAUGAGUUAUUGAAGAAGGAGAUCCUAGAAGUUCAAGAAUCGUUCGUUGAAGCUAUCGCGAAAGAUUCUGAAGCUGAAACAAAAUCUACGGAAACAGACUUAUUGCCUCCAAAACCUGAUGAGUUAUUAAAGAAGGAAAUCCAAGAAGUUCAAGGAUCAUUCGUUGAAGCUGAGGUGAAAGAUGCUGAAGCUGAAACAAAAUCUAUGGAAAAAGACUUACUCCCUAGAAAACCCUCUCUAAAACCGGAUGAGUUACUGAAAAAGGAAAUCCAAGAAGUUCAACAAUCAUUCGUUGAAGGUGUUGCGAAAGAUGCUGAAGCUGAUACAAAAUCUACGGAAAAAGACUUACUCCAUAGAAAACCCUCUCUAAAACCUGAUGACUUACUGAAAAAGGAAACCCAAGAAGUUCAAGAAUCAUUAGUAGAAGCUGUUGCGAAACAUGCUGAAACUGAAAUAAAAUCUACGGAAAAAGACUUGUUGCCUAGGAAACCCUCUCUAAAAGCUGAUGAAUUAGUAAAUAAGGAAAUCCAGGAGGUUCAAGAAUCAUUCGUUGAAGCUGUGGUGAAAGAUGCUGAAGCUGAAACAAAAUCUACGGAAAAAGACGGGUUGCCUAGGAAACCCUCUCUAAAAGCAGAUGAGGUAUUGAAGAAGGAAAUUCAAGAAGUACAAGAAUCAUUCGUUGAAGCUGUAGCGAAAGACUCUGAAGCUGAAACAAAAUCUACGGACAAAGACUUGUCUAGGAAACCCUCUUUAAAAGCUGAUGAGUUACUGAAAAAGGAAAUCCAAGACGUUCAGGAAUCAUUCGUUGAAUCUGUGGCAAAAGACGCUGAAGCUGAAACAAAAACAACGGAAAAAGACUCGUCUAGGAAACCCUCCUUAAAAGCUGAUGAGUUACUGAAGAAGGAACUCCAAGAAGUUCAGGAAUCAUUCGUUGAAGCUGUUGCGAAAGAUUCUGAAGCUGAAACAAAAUCUACGGAAAAAGACUUGUUGUCUAGGAAACCCUCUUUAAAAGCUGAUGAGUUAUUGAAGAAGGAAAUCCAAGAAGUACAAGAAUCAUUCAUUGAAGCUGUGACGAAAGAUGCUGAAUUUGAACUAAAGGAAGAAUCGCACGCAGAUGUCGAGUCGCCUAAAAAAGCAGCAGCGGAAGAAACUAAAGAUACAACAGAAGUUAAAAGUAGUACUGAUAGAAGAUCAUCUUUGACUUCCAAUGGAUUGAUAAAAGAUGCAAAGAGCCACCAAAAAGAUGAGAGAAUUGGCACAAGGACUGAAAGUGAAAAAGAACAAAUUAUCAAAGCUGACGAGGAAAUCAAAAAAGCAAUCAAGGAAAUACAAGAUGAAUUUAUAGAAUCGGUGGCUGAAGAUUUCGUCAUAAUCGAUAGGAUAAAAAAAGAUGAUACCGUUGCUUUAGAAGAAGCCACAGUAGCUGACGAAUUUGACAGCAAGGUGAAGUCACCCUCAGUCAAAGAAACUCCGGAAAAAGCCCUCGAACAAUCUGCUGCUGAGUUAGCUGACACGUUCAAAAACGUAACUGAUAUGUCAAAGUCUGUAAUGUUUGAUAAAUGUGAAACAAGUACUAUUGAUCCUACAGUUGUGAAAAAAGAUGAAGAGGACUUGGAAAAGAAAGCCGAGGAUAUAGAAGACGCGUAUGAAACUGUUAACGCUCUUGCUAAGUCGAUUUCCUUCGAAAAACUUACUGAUAAAAGUCAUAAAAAAGAUGAUAAGAUAUGUGUAACAGAUGGUACAUCAACCAUAACUACCGAUAAUGUAUCUGAAACUUCACAAAAAGAUGGAAAACUGUUGGAAAGACAUGCUGAUGGUACUGAGGACUCAGUACCAAAACCAGAAAAAUCGAUUAAAUUUGAAGUAGAAGAAAAAUGUGAAAUUAAUAAAACUACAAAGAAAGAUGAAGAUCUAUUAAAGGAAAGAGCCAGUGAUAUUGAAGACGCGUACGAAACAGUUUCAAAGCUUGCGAAAACGAUUCCAUUCGAAAAAGUUGAAGACACUCUUCACAUCGAUAAGGAAACAUUAAAGAAAGACGAAAAACUGUUAGAACAGAGAGCAGACGAUAUUGAAGAUGCAUAUGAUACUGUUAAGAAAUUAGCUACGGAUAUUUCUUUCGAAAAGGUUGAUAGUGGCUCCCACAUAGACCAAGCUGUGAUAGAACAUGACGAAAAGAUAUUAGAACAAACUGCGGGUGAUGUUGAAAAGGCUUAUGAUACCGUUACCAAGCUUUCCAAACGAAUAUCAUUUGAUAAAGUUGAAGAUAAACGUGGUGACAAAGACAACGUUCCAACUGAUGUUACUAAGCACAGUACCGCGCAAGAGCAAACCAUUGUGGAAAGUGGAAAGCGUGUCACAGACGAAACAGCUGUAGAGAAAGUAAGGAAAGACAGUAUAUCCCGCUCGCGAAAAGAAUCAUUAUCAGAACAUACCCAUGAGAUGGAUAUCCACACCAAGAGUACAUUAGAAGUGACGCAUUCAAGUUCCCAAGCAAAAAAACUCUCAAUAUCAGAUGUUGAAAUAUUACUUACUGGUGAUAAAUCUGCUGGCGAUAAGGACAUUUCUGGAGCUGCUACACCACCUACCGUUCCAGUCAGUCCCAACAUCAAAGAAGCAUCAAGUCCAGAAGUCAGGUACACUGAGUACACAGAGAGUGACAGUCAUUUCAAUGUCACAGAGCAGAUGGAUCCCAUGUGUAUGUCAUUUUAUGGGUCACUUCCUGAAGAUGACCAAGCAGAUGAAGAUAUCAAAGAAGGUGCAGUCACUCAUUUGUACGAAGUCACCAAGGCCAAAUUUUCCACGCCAGUGCUUGAACCUGUCGACGCAGGAAAAGGCCAGCAUGGACAGACUGAAGAUCAACCCACCUCUUCCAAAGAUAAAGAUUCGGAUAAGAGUUUAGGAAAACCAUUGGGGUUGCCACCACCUCCUUAUCCUACUUAUUUAUAUGAAAUCACCAAAGCCAAAUAUAGUACGGGUACAGAUAAUGAAGCAGAGGUAAACGAGGAAGUCCAAAGCAGUUACCUAUACCGAGAGAUGGAUAUGAUGAAUACCAGCUUCUAUGGAAGUCUGCCUACUGAAGAAGAUGACAUCGAUCCUUUGAGAAUGUGGGGUAAGCCGCUAGGGUUGCCAAGCCCAGCGCCUCCAAACGACAACAAAGGAACUCCAAAGAAAGAACGCAAACUUCCGUCGAACGUAUCGGCCAAGAACAAGCUGAACGACGACAAGAAACGUGCUGAAUCCCCUUCAAAGCACAACAGGAACAAGAAGAACAACCCCAUCUACGUUGACUUAACGUACGUUCCACAUCACGGCAACACAUACUAUGCCUACGUGGACUUCUUCAAGAGAAUACGAGCGCGGUACUACGUGUUCUCUGGUAUCGAGCCCAGUAGGGAGGUGUACAACGCUUUGUUGGAGGCUAAGCAAACAUGGGAAGAUAAAGACUUAGAGGUAACCAUCAUCCCCACCUAUGACACCGACGUACUUGGUUACUGGGUAGCAGAAAACGAAGACCUUCUAGCAAAAUACAAGAUAGACCUGUCACCAUCCGCAUCUAGGUGUACCAUAAACCUACAGGACCAUGAAACAUCAUGUAGUGCUUAUAGAUUAGAGUUUUAAAUUUCGCGCCAAGACCGCCACUUAGCAGCAAUAAUCCAUGGGAUUGCCACGUGGAGAUUCAUCAGUAUCAGAAAAACAUUAGAACUCUAUUCCUCCUUCGUACAGAAUUAUAUGAAAAGACGUCCAAAGUAUAGGAUAAAAUCAAUAUCUUCCUUAAGUUGUACCUCAUAGAUUCCAGUCUUCACAGUCAACACAUAGAAACUUAGCCCUAGAAUAUGGCUUAGCAACUAAACAGGGUUUUCAGUGAGUGAUGAGACAUAGGCUAAAUUUACUUAAUUUGUAUACGUUUUACACAGUUUUUCCGUACACAGUGUACAACAUACGGAAUCAUUUGAUAACAACAGAAAUGUUAGAAAUUGAUUGAUUAUUGACAGAAAAAAGUAAUACUUUAUUAACUAGAAUAUAGAGCAAAAUAUUUUGGAAAUGAUUUUUACUUUUCAGAGCUGGAGUAGCAGGGUUUUAGAUUAACAUUUGUGAAGUAGUAAGAAUGCAGUCAUUUUGCAAAAUUGGAAACAGCAUCGAAGAGGUAUUCGUAUACCUAAAAUAUAAUGACAGAUAAAUGAUUAAGAACAGAAUUUUCUGAAAAGAACUAAAUAAAUAAAUAAUAGCAAAAGGAGUAAAUCGAAUGAGAAACCGCACGUAAUAACACAUUUUUUUAAAUCUUGAUGAAAAAAUUAGUAGUGGCUCCUCAUUCAGUGAAGAUCCAGUAUAUUAAAUUGGGUGUAAAGAAUGUGAUACAUGUCAUUUCAAGAUGGCGAUCUCAUUCAGAGACACUCUCAGUUUUAACAUCUAUAUGUCAACAUUGAAUUAAAUGUUGUUCUUUUAAAUAUUUAUUCAAAAUUGUUGUCCUUCUGAUAGGACCAGAAGUUGAUUAUUUUAAAGUUUAUUGAUAAAUAAAUGGCGAGAUUUUUUCGUCAAGAUAUAUGUGAAACUGAUAGAUUAGCUAUAAUCUUCUAGCUGUAACACCUGGGCUAAAAAAGACGAGAGAAAUAAUUAUCCAGAUGAAACAUCAAACAUUGAAUUGUGUACCAUUCUUACCACAUUUUAUUUAUGGAUCGGGAUUGAGCCGUCAUGCCAUUUUAAUAAAGAUUUAGAGGAUCUAAAAUCUGUCUUCUUGUUUCUGCCAGAGUACUUAAAAUGAUGUCGAACAGGUCAUGACCAGCAUGACGAUGCAUUAAUAGAGAUUACGGUAAUGCCUGAUGCCAAGAUUUUGAUCCAUAAUUGAAUGAAUCUCAAAGACAAUCUUUAUCAUAACCCAAUCUUCAUUUCAAUGCCAGUGCGCCAUCUUUGAAUAUAGAAAAUGCUUCACUGCAUAAUUAUUUCGUGUGACCCGCUUUGAUAUUUUACCUGUUAAGAUCGCAUGUGAUAGUUUUUCUUAAUAUUGACGAGCUUCAAUAUUGGAAAACAAAGAUGCCGUGAGGUAGGUACUCAGGCCGUAUGUUUUUUGUGAUUACUUUUCAUUACGUAUAUUUACAUAUGCUUUCAUGUUAGAAUCACCAAAGAUUUUUCCUCAAGUAUUUAUUAGAGUAUUGAUGUUAUUCGUAGUGUAUGAAUAUCUAGACAUCAGUUUUUCGUCAUACCGAGAAAUACGAAAAAAUCAUAGAAUUGAUUAUCCUCAAAGGGUUGAUAUUUGAACAACCCAGAAACCGUACUAUAUUCUUUUGAUUUUUAAAUGAUGAAAAAAGCUUCACAAGUAUAAUGUUUUGAAAAUAAUAAUGGCGAAUUGAUUUGUUUUUCUUGGUAUAGCGUAAAAUUUGCAGCUGAUUUUGAGUUAUGUUUUACCUUCUAAGUAUUUGUGUAUUACUUUUUUUUAAAUGGGCCUACCACUCAAAAGCUUUGGUGUGUGAUGCAAUGAAUAAAAUAUUUUAGUAAGAUAGAUAUAAUUAUUUUUUGAGUGCAGCUUAUAUUCUCCUUUGCAGUUUCUGUAGAUUUGCUAUAAUCUGGCAUAUGCGAUUCACGUCGAUAAUUUUAUAUAAAUGCAACUUUAAAAGUUUUUUUUUUUAAUUUUACUAUUACUAAAAUAAUUUUGACUUUUUUUAAGGCUGGUUGUUAUAAGAAAAUGAUGCAAGAGCUUUGAAUGUGUAGAUUGGAUAUCUUGAACAUGAUUUUUCAAUUAUCAUGUCAGGAAUUAUUGUUUGUUUUCUUGAAAAUACUUCAAGUAGAGGGGCCAGUUGUUUCGAGAGUUAAUAUAAUCUGGACUCAAAAAUACCAUCGAAAUUCCAGUAACAGAGAUUGAGCUUAGCACUCUACAAGUAUCCAAUAAUUGUUAACUAUAUAUGUAAGAUUGGUGCUAUAACAGUAAUGCCUUCGUAAAGGGUUUAGAGUUUUUUAUCUGGAAAAUCGAUCCAUCUGGAAAUAUUCCAGGCAUAUUAGAGUUUUUUGUUGUUCCAAGAAUCUGCAGAUGAAUAUCUAAAGAGUAGAAUCAUUAUAAAAAACUUAUAGAUCGAUACAUUUGAUAACAACUUUAUCUAGUUUAACGAUAAAAUCUAAUUUGCCUAGACUAUAAGAACGCGAGGAAAAGAUAUUGGAUGACGGAAGUAGUAUGCCCAAUACGAAUUGAAAUUUACUUAUUUUUCUAUUUCUGGAAAAUAUUUUUUGCAUUGCUUUUUUUCGUUACACAAGAUGAUUCAACGCACAUUUGAGUUGAGUAAAUUUCAUCAUUCGUAUUGGUCAUAUGCAAUGACAAAUGCAACUUUAUAUAUUAUUUUACGUUGUUAUAAAAAUUUAUGUGCAAUUUCACUUAAAUUAUUCAAAAAUAUUUAUAGCUUCUAGUCAAAGAAACUGAUAUCUUUUAGCAUAUAAGGUUAAAAUUAUAUAUAUUAAAUGCAAUUAAUGUAUGGGAUAUGUAUGAGAAUAAAAAAAUGUAAC